UGAGAAGAACAGUCGAGGAAGACGCGGACUGGAGCGGAAGAAGAACACGAGCCCGCGUCUUACUGGUGGGGAGUAUCAACGGGUUACAUAACAUCAAAAACUUACUUUUCCUGAGCUUUGUGUUUUCUUCAGAGGCACACAGCACCCCCGAAUAUCUCCAACUUCACGGUCACCGUGACCAUUUGGAUUCGGGACGCCGUUUGACCAGCUUCUGACGGUAAAGUCAUUGUUUGCUAAUUCAGCUCGCGCGCUCUCGCGGAAAUGCUGCUGGCAGCCAUUUUUUGCCUCGAGCUGCGAACGCCUUUUUUCUUCGUACAAAACUCAAAUCUUCGACGCUUCCAUCGUUUUGAAGGUCAAUAUGGCUGACGACUUUGACGUUGAGGCCAUGCUGGAAGCGCCAUACAGAAAGGACGAGAACAAGUCCUCUCAUGCAAAUGGACAUGAUGAUCACAACAAGAAGAAGAGGAGAAGUCGCAGCAGGAGUCGCAGCCCAGGCUCCAAGAAGAAGAGAAGUAGAAGCAGAAGCAAAGACAGAAAAAAGAGUAAGAAGAGAAGUCGAAGUCGAGAAAGAAAGCGCAGUCGCAGCAAGGAGCGCCAUCGCAGUCGAUCCCGGAGCAAGGAUCGGACUGGACGUUACAAAGCACGGAAGAGCCCUGUCCGGAAGCGGACAAAAAGUCAGAGCCCGCCAAAAAAAGAGAGAAGUCCUGUCAGGCAACCAAUUGACAAUUUAACACCCGAGGAGAGGGAUGCUCGCACCGUCUUCUGUAUGCAGCUGGCUGCAAGAAUCAGAGCUCGAGACCUGGAAGACUUUUUCUCUGCCGUCGGCAAAGUAAGAGAUGUGCGAAUAAUCUCUGACAGAAACUCCCGGAGAUCAAAGGGCAUCGCAUACAUAGAGUUUGUGGAGACGUCCUCUGUACCUCUGGCAAUCGGCCUGACUGGUCAGAGGCUGCUUGGAGUUCCCAUCAUCGUCCAGGCAUCUCAGGCAGAGAAAAACAGAGCUGCAGCUGCAGCAAACAAUCUCCAGAAGGGCAGUGCAGGUCCAAUGCGACUGUAUGUUGGAUCACUUCACUUUAACAUCACUGAAGAAAUGCUGCGAGGAAUCUUUGAGCCUUUUGGAAAGAUUGAAGGUAUCCAGUUGAUGAUGGACAGUGAAACAGGAAGAUCCAAAGGCUAUGGCUUCAUAUCGUUUGCAGAUGCUGAAUGUGCAAAGAAGGCUCUGGAGCAACUGAACGGCUUUGAGCUGGCGGGCCGUCCCAUGAAGGUGGGGCAUGUUACAGAGCGCUCCGACUCCUCAACAGCUAGUUCAUUCCUGGACAACGACGAACUGGAGAGGACCGGGAUCGACCUUGGCACGACAGGCCGUUUACAGCUGAUGGCUCGACUAGCAGAAGGAACUGGCUUGAAGAUCCCUCCUGCUGCUCAGCAGGCACUGCAGAUGACCGGGUCCAUACCUUUUGGGAAUAUGGCUGCUCCAGCAAGUGAGUCAGGGCAGCAGAAAGCAGGUGUUUUUGCAUUUCUUUGGAGAAAGACAAUAAUAACUUUUUUUUUUUUUGCAGUUCCAACUCCAGCUCCAAGCCAAGCCUUGAACCUCCCAUCACAGCCGCUGGCCACUCACUGCCUUCAGUUGUCCAACCUGUUUGACCCACAGGCUGAAAAUGACCCUAGCUGGGCCUCAGAAAUUCAAGAUGAUGUGAUUGAGGAGUGCAACAAGCAUGGGGGAGUUGUUCACAUCUACGUUGACAAGAACUCUCCCCAGGGCAACGUAUAUGUCAAGUGUCCCUCAAUACCUGCAGCAAUGGCAACAGUAAAUGCACUUCACGGACGUUGGUUUGCACGGAAGAUGAUAACUGCUGCCUAUGUUCCUUUACCAACCUACCACAACCUUUUCCCAGACUCCGUAACGGCAAAACAGCUUCUAAUGCCUUCUCGUCGAUAGUUUGACACCUUUCUGUUUGUGUAAAUACAUUUGUAUGAGGUUAUGAAAAUCCAUUCAAGAAAAUGCAAUGAAGCUAGGUGGCUGUGUGUAAUAAAUUGGCAUAAUAUUCACCAUGAAUGUUUUAUUUUCCCUUUUAUUUUUCUCAUUAGCUUUUUUUCUUCUUUAUCUUUUGUAUUGUAAGCUUCCACCAAUAAAUAAUCUGCAGGCAUCCAUUGGUCUGUUUUAAAAUAUUAGCCUGCUUAUUCAAGCCAGUUUUAGAUUUAUCAAACAUUGCAAAUAGUUCAAUGUUUUGGGUUUAUAGGCUUUAAAUGCCAAAAGUGUAUAAAUGUCAACAUUUGGUUGUAAUUUUAUACAGUCUUUUUUUGUUUUGUUUAUUCUUUUAUAAAGACUGCUCCCUGUCCGUUUUGUUUUACCACAUUUGGGGAAGCUCAUCAGUCCGGGUUCAAUUUGAAAUGCUUCUGUGAUUAAAGUCUUUACAGCAUUUGA